AUGGUAGCAUGGGCACUGCCUCUUGCUGCUGAUCACCGGCAGAAAGUGGUCGUAAACGCUUCCUUCCGAUGUCGGGCCUGGGCCGGGGGCCGGAGCCGGGGGUUUUGCAGGAAGUGCUUCUUGACAGCUAUCAGAGAAAGUGGAACGCAUUGUCCUCUCUGCCGGGGGAGCGUGACUAAAAAAGAAAGGACGUAUCCCAAAAGGGCUCUAGAUGUUGAAAACAGUAUGAAGAAAGCUUCUGGGGGCUGUAGAUGCUGUGAGAAGCAGGUUAGAUUUUCGUGGAUGAGACAGCACUAUAAAACAUGUAAGAAGUAUCAGGAUGAAUAUGGUGUUGCUUCUAUUAUUCCAAACUUACAGAUUUCUCAAGAUUCAACAGGGAACAGUAGCAGGAGUGAUGCAAUAUCUGAUAAUGGCGAGAUGGCUAAUGAUCAAAUACUUCAAGGAGAAACAAGUGGACACCCAACCUUCAAAUGCCCCCUGUGUCAGGAAGCCAAUUUUACCAGACAACGCUUGCUGGAUCACUGUAAUAACAGACAUCUUUAUCAGAUAGUUCCUGUAAUCUGUCCUAUUUGUGUGUCUCUUCCUUGGGCAGAUACUAACCAGGUUACUAGAAAUCUUGUUAGCCAUCUGAAUCUAAGACAUCGGUUUGACUACGGAGAAUUUGUGAAUCUUCAGCUUGAUGAAGAAGCCCAAUACCAAAAUGCAGUUCAAGAAUCCUGUCAUGUGAACUUUUAAAGUAUAGCCCCCCUUCAUCUUACUGAUUAUCUGAGAGAAAAAUUACAUUAAUUCUGUUGGUGACCUGAAGUAUGUAUUAAUAAAGAUGGUAUUCAGUAACCACUUUUCAGGAUUAACUUCUUUCCACGGUCAUAAGGACUUUUCAUAUAUGAUUUUGCUGAAACUCAAACUUCACACCUUUACUAAGAUCUGUCCC